CCGCUCCUACAGCUCCAAGUCCUUCCUGCGCUGGGGGCCCAGGCCUGGACGCAGUACUCCAGACGGGCCCUCACAAGAGCAGAGCAGAGGGAACCAUCCGCUCCCUGCCCCGCUGCUGAUGCAGCCCAGCACACAGUAGGCGGUUCCGUGCUGCAGGCCCGGCUGCUGCCUCACGCUCGGCUCUUUCAGCCCCGAGACUCUGGUGACCGAAACCCCGCGGCUGCAGAGGCAGCGGCGCGGCCCCGGCCUAGGGGAACAUUAUCCUGAACAACCCCGGGAAGCGGAACGCCCUGUCCCUCUCGAUGCUGCUGGCGCUGAAGGAGGACCUGCUGCACGACGUCAAGAGCAAAGAGCUCCGCGUUAUUGUCAUUUCAGCUGAAGGACCUGUAUUUUGUUCUGGUCAUGAUUUAAAGGAACUGUCAACCCAAGAUGACGUGAAGCAUCAUACCCAAGUAUUUGAAAUUUGUGCAGAGGUUAUGACUUUAAUCCAGAGACUUCCAGUACCAGUGAUUGCCAAAGUGAAUGGCCUGGCCACAGCAGCAGGCUGUCAGCUAGUGGCAAGCUGUGACAUUGCAGUGGCAAGUGAGAAAUCACGGUUUGCUACUCCUGGGGUAAACAUUGGAUUGUUUUGCUCCACACCAGCUGUGGCCCUGGGCAGAUCUCUUCCAAGAAAGGUGGCACUGGAGAUGCUUUUCACGGGUGAGCCUCUUUCUGCCCACGAAGCGUUAAUGCACGGGCUUGUCAGCAAGGUGGUACCAGAAGACAAGCUGGAAGAAGAGACCAUGAGAAUCUCUCACAAGAUAUGCGAAAGCAGCAAAUCUGUCCUGGCACUGGGGAAAGCCACCUUCUACAGGCAGAUGGCACAGGACCUUGAUACUGCUUACAAAAUAACCUCUCAGGUCAUGGUAGACAAUUUGACUUUGAGGGAUGGGCAGGAAGGUAUUGAAGCCUUCAUUCAGAAACGCAAGCCUGUCUGGUCACAUGCUCAGGAUGAGAAGAAAUGAAUCCUGUUUCUAAGCUAAGCUUAGCUGUGCUUCCAUGAUUCUUCACGCAGUUGCCUUUGGGAACUAUAGUUCUGUUCUUAUCGAAAGUUUGAUUUCUUAUCAUACAUAUGCCAAAGCCACAAUAAAUUAUUUCUAAGUGUAUGUAAUAAAUUUUAAGAAAAAUCAGA